AUGAGCGGCUAUAGCCGGUUAGGGUUUGUGGGGAAGAUGGAGUAUUCCGCGUUGGGCACCGCGGAGGCUGCGGACAGCGGCGCGGCCCGGCCGUACAACAACUCGGAGGAGCGGGAGGGCCGGGAACCCGACGGGCUGCGCUUCGACCGCGAGAGGGCGCGCCGCCUCUGGGAAGCAGUGUCCGGGGCCCAACCAGUGGGGAGGGAGGAAGUGGAACACAUGAUCCAGAAGAACCAGUGUCUCUUCACCAGCACCCAGUGUAAGGUUUGCUGCGCCUUGCUAAUUUCUGAGUCCCAGAAGCUGGCACACUACCAGAGCAAAAAACAUGCCAACAAAGUGAAGAGAUACCUAGCAAUCCAUGGAAUGGAGACAUUAAAGGGGGACACGAAGAAGCUAGACUCAGAUCAGAAGAGCAGCAGAAGCAAAGACAAGAACCAGUGCUGCCCCAUCUGUAACAUGACCUUUUCCUCCCCUGUCGUGGCCCAGUCGCACUACCUGGGGAAGACCCACGCAAAGAACUUAAAGCUGAAGCAGCAAUCCACUAAGGUGGAAGCUCUGUCGAAACGCCUUACAAACCCUUUCCUUGUGGCCUCCACCUUAGCCUUGCACCAGAAUAGAGAGAUGAUAGACCCAGACAAGUUCUGCAGCCUCUGCCACGCGACUUUCAAUGACCCUGUCAUGGCUCAGCAACAUUAUAUGGGCAAGAAACACAGGAAACAGGAGACCAAGCUCAAACUUAUGGCACACUACGGGCGGCUGGCCGACCCUGCUGUCACUGACUCAUCAGCCGGGAAGGGCUACGCCUGCAAGACAUGUAAGAUAGUGCUGAACUCCAUAGAACAGUACCAAGCUCAUGUCAGCGGCUUCAAACACAAGAACCAGUCACCAAAAACAAUGGCAUCACCUCUGGGCCAGAUUCCCAUGCAAAGGCAACCCAUUCAUAAAGACUCAGCCACCUUGGAAAACUAGAGGUGUUUCUGUCCAGCACUCCAGGUUGAACCAGCCAUGAGCCAACUUUCUGUGACUAUGGUCAGCCCUUGGCUCCUUCUUCCUCCUUUCUUACACCUGGAGAAUACACAGGCCUGAGGCAGGAGUGGACCACAGAGAGCGUCUGAUUGGUCCAGGCAAAUCCACCCCUGCUCCUCCCCUUUUUGGAAUGGGCCCUGUAGGUCAGGAUGAGGGAAGCAGAGAUCUUGACAGGACUUGGGGUAUCCCAGAAUGGUAGUUUGGAGGACGGCCUUUCCCCUCCCCCAGCUCCUCUGGGCUAUAUGUCAUGAGGCCCCAGGCCUAUCUUUCCUUUGCAGGUCAGUUUUGGACCAGUCCCUGCAGCUGAAGAACUGAGCUCUCCCUGGGCUCUAGGUAUCUCCAGUGAAACCUGGAGCUUUCACGCCAGACCUUGGCCUAGGCAGGAAAGGGCAGAUGGAAGUGGCUGCCACAUGGAAACUUGGAGUUAAUAUGACACUCCCUCUCCCCCAAAAGAGUGCAAGCUUUCCUGAGCCUGGGAUCAGAUGCUGGCCAGUUGUACAGAUUUCUGCCGACUGUGAAGUCUCCUCCUAGAGCAAUGACACAGUCCUGGCAGAGCAUUGCUAUUCCUCUUACCCCCCAUUCUCCACAGUUCCUGAAUGGUGCUAAGAAUCUGCAGCAAGUGAGGACAAGCUAGAGCCGAAGGAGGCCUCAGUACCCAGUGGGAUGGGUACUGGAAACCUCCAAUAGAGGCCUUUCCCCUCCUCCAUCAGAGGUGCUCUGACACAGGGUCACGUGGGAAGGUCCCCACAUGCAAAUUUCCUUGAUGGUUUUGUACCCUUAAAAGGAAACUGCCGGGCUUCCCUGGUGGCGCAGUGGUUGAGAGUCCGCCUGCCGAUGCAGGGAACACGGGUUCGUGCCCCGGUCUGGGAAGAUCCCACAUGCUGCGGAGUGGCUGGGCCCGUGAGCCAUGGCCGCUGAGCCUGCACGUCCGGAGCCUGUGCUCCGCAACGGGAGAGGCCACAACAGUGAGAGGCCCGCGUACCACAAAAAAAAAAAAAAAAAAAAAAAAAAAAAAAGGAAACUGCCUUGUGCCAGCCAGCUCAGAGGUUAAUUGCUGCCCUUCAGCCCUGCUAGCCCUCUCCUUCCCCUUGUGCAGCAGACCAUCUGCCCAGGUUGCUGUGGUGCUAGUCCUCCCCCAUCAUCCCCCAGGAGAUUCUGGGGACCAAGGAGCAGGAUGGGCCCCUAAGGGAAGAAAAGAGCUGGUGUAAGUUUCUGCAGUGAGGAAACAGACUUUUCCCUGACCCCACACCUAGAUUUCUCUAACACUGCUGUGUUUUAUGGCCUGGCACUUCACUGGGAGUGGACUUUACCUUGUAGCUUUCAAACAGGAAUUCCAGGGAGAGUUACCAUCUGAGGUCCCUCUUCACUGGGUCAAAGAAGCCUGCAGCUGCUCUCGUGAUCUCCUCCCCACACUUCCUGUCCCUUCGCCUGUAAAUGCCUUUAUGUAUCGUGUAUGUGGGUGGGGGGGGUGCUUAUGCUCUAUCUCUUGGUCACUGAAGCAUCUAAAUAAACAAUUUCUCCAAUGAGCCAGACUGCAACUUAACAGACCUGGGAUUUGGAUCUAGUAUGUCUGUCUUUACCUUUACCCUCACCCUGCUCAGACUUCCCAGCACCCUAAAUACUGAUUUGAAGACUUGGGACGGAGACAGGCAUCCAGUUGCUUGGCAGCUCUGUAGAAAACUUGCAGAUGCCCUAAAUUCAAUACAAGCUCACCUGCUCAUCCACCUCCUCCCUGUCCUGGAGGGCCUCACAGAGGUCUUUAGAAGGUUUAAGCUGGGAGUCUACUUUGUUCGAGAUGCUCAUGUGGCUGCUGUGUGGAGAAGGAAUGCAGGGGAGCAGGAAAGGAGACAGACAUACAGGGAGGCCAGAAUGGCAGCUGUAUCCAGGAUGGCUCUCUCCAGGCUAACUCCUUCAGGGCAGAGACCUAGCCUCAUUCAUCUCCAUUCCUCUAAUGUACAGAGUGGUGUGUCACAUAGUUUGUUGAAUGAAAGAAUGAAUGAGGAUGCAUAAGAAGAGAUGGCCUUUUCCCACUCAGCUAAUACACAACAGUAGGUUUGUUCCAUGGGACUUAUCAUAGCCCUGGUGGGAAGAACCUUUUCCAUGACCCAGAAAUGAGCUGGGAAAGGAGUGCAUGUGAUGGAAUCAGAAGCCCUUUGUACAACGUUUGUUCCAGACAGCCAAAUUUGAGGAAGGUGCCCAGGCAGCCUCAGCUCCCAUCCUUCACUCAGCAAGCCGUUCUUGGGCACCUGCUCUUCGCCAGCUGGGAAAGACCCUACACAGCUCUCAGCUUCUAAAGCCUAGACUGCCUUAGCAAUUUCCCGAGAGUCCUUCUACCCCACCCAAGAUGUCACAAUCAGCCCCGUCUACCAGGCAAGGAAGUGAAGGACAGAGAGGUGAGUGAACUGCCAUACUAUGAGCCCUUGACCUGCAGGAUCUCUUAGUCUAAAUUUUUUUUCUUUUUUUUUUUUUGGCCACGCUUCCCAUGGCAUGUGGGAUCUUAGUUCCCCGACAGGGAUCGAACCUGCGCCCCCCGCAUUGGAAGGGCGUAGUCGUAACCACUGGACAGCCAGGGAAGUCCCAGGACCUCUUAGUCUGGAUUCAGGAGUCCCUGCCAGCUGUGUGCCCAGCCCUGUUGGCCUGGGGAUGCAGGAAUGAACACUCUCUUGCCCUUGGGGAGCUCAUACACUGUUAAAGAUGAUUAUGGCAAUAAUUAGAGGGUAUACAGGGUGCUGUGGGAAUGCAUAAGAUGCAGGCACUAACUUAGCCAAGGGUAUGAAAAAACUGAAGAAGUUGGGAAACUAGCAUUUGAUCUGUAUAACAGCAUUUUGAGCUAGGUGAUGACAUUCCAUUUUAUAGGAAAGGAACAAAGCUCAAAGAGGUAUACUGAUUUGCCCAAGGUCUUGCUGCUAAGAAGCAACAACAUGGUGGAAUCUGGUUCUCUAGAUUCCUAGUCAAGAGCCCUUUACAGACAAGGACAGAGUACUUCCCACAUGACCCCUGGGCCUGCCUCACUCAUCUGGCAUGGCCAUGGUCUCACAGAGCAAGUAGCCACUCAGCAGGGGCAGCAGCAGAACCCACAAAACAGACUGGACAGGGCUCAAUGGUUAUUCUAUAUUCCAAGCCCCACACACACCUCUCAUAAUUUUACCCAAGAUUCCUGGUAUAUUAGACUCUAGUUAUAACUGUAAGAAACUUAGGACUAUCCUGGUGGCGCAGUGGUUAAGAAUCUGCCUGUCAAUGCAAGGGACACUGGUUCGAGCCCUGGUCCAGGAACAUCCCACAUGCCACAGAGCAGCUAAGCCCGUGCGCCCCAACUACUGAGCCUGUGCUCUAGAGCCCAGGAGCCACAACUACUGAGCCCGCGCACCACAACUACUGAAGCCCACCCACAUGCCUAGAACCCAUGCUCCGCAACAAGAGAAGCCACUGCAAUGAGAAGCCCAUGCACCACAACGAAGAGUAGCCCCCACUCGCUGCAACUAGAGAAAGCCCACGCGCAGCAACAAAGACCCAACACAGCCAAAAAGAAAUAAAAGAAAAAAAAGAUAAACUCUAAAACAAAAAACAUAUACCAAAAAAUAGGCCAAAAGCAGAGCACCAAAACUCAAAGAAUAUAGAAGAAGAAAUAUAGUGAAUAUAACAGAAUCUAAUAAAAUUCAACUCAAAGCUAUAUAUAAGAGACUGUGUUAUAAUAAAGUGAUCCAGAAUGUCUGAAAAUGAAAGGUCUAGAAGAUAAUGGUAAUCACCUAAAUCUGAAUCUCUCCACAUAUCAUCCCAGAAAAAGCCACAAGACCAACAGGACCAGAAAUAACACCAUCUAUGACCAAUGUCUUCAGCAUUAUUAGGAGACAAAACACCACAAACUUCAAAUGACCAGCGAGCAGAGAAAUAAACAACAAAUUCUAACAGAGCUCCCACUGCUGCUGCAAGUCUGUGAGUACACAGAACAGAGAAAGGGAAGGCUUAAGAGACUGCAUGAAAAAUAAGAAAAAGAUGAAAAAUUUAAAGCACAGACAAAAUCAUCUUCAGAAUUAGAAUGUCCCACACCAAGUAGCCCCCACUCGCCGCAACUAGAGAAAGCCCGUGCAUAGCAAUGAAGACCCAACGCAGCCAAAAAAAUUUUUUAAUUAAAAAAAAAACUUAAAGCAGUUACCUAGAAAAGGAAAUUUACUGAUUCACCUAAUGAAAAAUCCUUGUACAGGGACGGCUUAGAUUCAGGUUCUGACACCAUCAUCAGGAGGAAUUUAAUCUCACUCUGCUUUCCUGUGUGGCCUCUUUCCUGGGCAGACUUUCUCCAGAAGGUGGAGAUGGCCACUGGCAGCUUCCGGUUUAUAUCCUGAUAGAUUGGUAACUGCAGUGGAAAGAACAUCUUUCUCUUGGUUCCAACAAAAAAUUCUGGAAUUGACUCAUUAGCUGGUUUGGAUCUGUUCCCAUCCCUAAACCAAUCGCUGCAGCUAGGGGAAAUGGUGCUCUGAUUUGGGGCCUGGGAAGGAGUAUCCUCCACCUAAAACACAUUGACUGAAAGAGGGAGAGAUGUGCAUCCCUAAAAGAAGAAAGUGUGGCACAUUGACUGAAAGAGGGAGUGAUGUGCAUCCCUAAAAGAAGAAAGUGUGGAGCUCCUUCUGUACCAGGGGAGAAGAGUGGAUGUGGGUGGGAAAAAAUAACUGUUGUCAGCCGUACUCAGUGAUUAUCUUUACUUGACCAUUUCUUUAAUUUUUUGAGAUACAGCAUACAUUCAGUAAUGUGAGCCAAUUUUUAGAGUCCAGUUUGAUGAGUAUAGUGUAUACACCUGGGCAGUCGCCCUCCAGAUCAAGAUAUAAAACAUUGUCAGUUCCACAAAAGGUUGCCUUGUUUCCCUUCCUAGUCAGUAUCCCACAGAAAUAAACACUGUCUUGACCUCUAUCACCAUAGAUUAGUUUUGCUUGCUCUUGAAUUUUAUAAAAAGGGACUCAUACAUACAUCCACUUUUGCUCAAUAUUAUGUCUGUGAGAUUCAUCCGUGUUGUGUGUAUCAGAAGUUCAUUUUUUUUUUUUAAAGUUCAUUUCAGGGACUUCCCUGGUGGCGCAGUGGUUAAGAAUCUGUCUGCCAAUGAAGGGACAUGGGUUUGAUCCCUGGUCCAGGAAGAUCCCACAUGCCGUGGAGCAACUAAGGCCGUGUGCCCCAACUACUGAGCCUGCGCUCUAGAGCCCGUGAGCCACAGCUACUGAGCCACGUGCCACAACUACUGAAGCCCACGUGCCUAGAGCCCGUGCUCCGCAACAAGAGAAGCCACCACAACGAGAAGCCCGCACACCACAAUGAAGAGUAGCCCCCGCUCGCCGCAACUAGAGAAAGCCCACGCACAGCAAUGAAGACCCAGUGCAGCCAAAAAAAAAAAAAGAAAUAAAAAAGUUCAUUUCUUUCAUGCUGUAUAGUGUGCCAUUAUAUGAAUAUACCACAAUUUAUCCACUCUACUGUUAAUGGACAAUUAGGUUGUUUCUAGUUUUGAACUAUUAUAAAUAAAGCUA